AUUUUUUCGACUAUCAAUAUUCUAUCGAUUUUUUCUAUUUCACGUCCAAUUUGGCUCGUCCAAUCAGAUCGCGUAUUUCAACCCAGGUAUCAGACUGCAAAAUGGCUACGACAAUUCAAAAAAUACCGUGAAACAGAAAAAAUCGGAAUGAUAGUGAUAUUCGUUGGACUUGAAUUAGAUAAGCUGUGGAAUUCUAGUUCUUUUUAUUGAUGUUAAUGAAUGAUGCAGCGAAAUGCCGCCGGAAUGCGCCUCAGUCGCCGAAACGACGAUUUCCCGUGUUCCACAUUGUUUGGCAAAUGAACAUAUAGUAGGCUUUUCACCUUUCUAUAACUAUAAUUUUGAUAGUGGAAAAAUUUUUUUUUUAAUAUAAUUUCAUCGGUGGUUUUGUAUUUGGUACCUUAUAGUAAGCCUUAGAGUGUUGAAUUAUUUUUUUUUUUCAGGGUUGUAGUAGGGGUCCAGGGGCAGAUAGGGGUGGGGUGUCCAAACACUGAUACUGCCACCUGUGCUUUCGCCUUCCAUAUAUUUUUGAAAAGUGCCGUACGGCUAGCCAAUACAGUGUGUCCUGGCUAGUCGUACGUGACUCACGUACGGCUAGAACUUUUGGCUAGCCGUACGGGCCCGUACAGCUAGCCACUUCCUAAUUUAAUAGUGAUGUCAAACUGUUAAUUGAUGGUCUCAGUGUUUAUACAACUAAUUAGGUGAUGAGAUUACUGCUAACACCACAAUUACCUUAGAAGUUUGUUUAAUGGCUUAGUCUCAGGCUACUGUUCAAUAAAUUGAUAAAGAAAUAAUUUAAAGAAUAUAUUAAUUUUAUGCAUAUUUUCUGCAUUUAAUUGAUAAAUAUAUUUACAAAAAAACUUAUAAAUAUAUUUUAUAUAUUGAUAUUAUUUAAUUACUGUACGUGGUUUCAAUAUUCAAACUGGUACUUACAAUGUGUCUUUGUUGUUCAUGAACAUUAUCAUUUUGUUAUUCUAUUAUCUUUCUUGAUUUAUUAUAAAUAGAAUUUUCUCAUGUUGUUACUCUUAUAAUGAAAAACGAUAUUUCAGACAUUUGUCUUUCAUUUAAGCCUCUUAUAAUUAAACCCAUAUUUAAAUGAGUAUAAUGAUAAUCUUCUAAUAAUUCAUCAUAAUUAUGUCCUCAAUGAAACCAACAUUUUUACUCCUAAUAAUUAACAGAAAUUCUUCAAAACACUGUUUAAAUGGAACAAAAUUCACUUUUCUGAGCUGAUACUAUACUGUAUAGGUCAUAAUUAUUAACACAUUAUGUUAUAUUUCAGAAAAAUUAUACUUUUAUAAUCAUUCUUCAAAUUCAUAAAUCCUUCUUGACAAUACUCUCAAAUUCAACAAAAUGAAUCAUUAAAUUGAAUUUCCCCAUUAUAAUGAAAUUAAAUUUUCUUAAUAAAAACAUCUAAAAUUUGGGAGUGAAACGUCCAUACAAUUGACAAAAUGGGAGUGAAACGUAUAGGUGUGAACCGUACAAAAUGGGAGUGAAACGUCUAGGUGUGAACUGUCUUGGGAGUGAAACGUCUCAAUAGUGAAAUGUCUUGGGAGUGAAAUGUCUGCCAUUCGUCAAAAAGGAUGCACGGAAAUUACCUAAAGGAAUGUGAAUAAUCCUUCGCUUUCUUUCUAAAAAUAGCAUAAAAUCUUAGAAGUAGAUAAUACAUUUAAAUCUUUGAAAUACCAUAUUAUAAUAUAUAAGUAUUUCUUUUAAAAUAUUUAGACUCUGGCAAAUCUUCACUAGCUUAUUUCUAGAAAUUUUCAUCAAGGUUUUCAUUUUAAAUAAAGUAUUAUGCACAAAUUUCAGUACUUUUAAAAUGUGCAAUUAAAUUUGAAAUUUAAGAAAAGAUUAUACAGUCAAACAUAUUAAAAACAUGCAAAGUUUACUUUAUGUUUUAUAAUGUGCAAUGUAAAUGCAAAAAUGUUGCAUUCUUGAAAAAUCCUCUAUUUAGCAGUUUUGUGGAUUCAAAGAGAAGUUCACUUAAUUACUAACAGUAUAUAAAGUGACAUCUUGUCGACCUGGAUGAUUUCUAACUUUUACUCUUUAUCAAGGCAACUUGAGAGAAAAUCUCGUGCUCUUAAUUGUCAGUAUUGAUAGAAUACUAUAUAUUUUGAUUUCAUGCAAUAAUCGGUUGUUAGCAUUGAUAGAAUACUAUAUAUUUUGAUUUGAUUUCAUGCAAUAAUCGGUUGUUAGCAUUGAUAGAAUACUUUAUCACACACGCGUGCCGAUUUUGCGACUCCGUAAAUAUGGUAUUGCACGCCGUGCAUAUAUUUUGAUGUGUAAAGACGCGCUUAAUGUUAGCGUUAUACUGUAGACGAAUCAAUGAAAAAUGACUCUUAUUUCACUUUAAACGGUCUUUAUUUUGGGUAUGUGAUAAAUAGAAUAUUAAAUUCGUGUUAGUUCAUUACUGAAUUUAUUGCACUUGUUGAAUAAAAUAAUAUUAUGCUCGCCAGAGGCUUGCAUAAUAUAAUUCUAUUCAACUCGUGCAAUAAAUUCAGUAUUGAACUUACACUCAUUCAAUAUCCUCUAUAUAUGUUUUGAUUUGAUUUCAUGCAAUAAUCGGUUGUUAGCAUUGAUAGAAUACUAUAUAUUUUGAUUUGAUUUCAUGCAAUAAUCGGUUGUUAUAACUUGCUAAGGGAAAUUUUUGACGCUUAAAUGAAUGUAAAAUAAUUAACGCUUAAAAUAAUUUUCCUACUCUGAUGUUGCAGACCUUGUCUUUAACAAUGUAUCAAAAAAAACAAAAAAAAAGAUAAGUUUUUCUUUAUUCUAUAAAUAUUUUAUUACAUUAUUAAACAUAUAUAAGGUUGUUUUUUUUCUCACAUUGAUGGCCUUCAUUUUGCAGAAACGUAAACAUUGUUGAUAUUAUCACUGCUAAUUUUUACACUAUGGAUGUAACCAUGAGUAUGAUAGUUCAGUCUUCUUUGUAUCAGACAUGCGUGAUCUGGUAAAUACCUUAAGUAUUAUAUUUCAGUAACAUUCGAUAAAGAAUCAUAAAUAUUCAAUCUUGUUUCAUUUCUACCGCCAUUUUUAGAGAAAAGCUUGGGAUGAUUUAAGUAACAGUAACUAAGUAGGGGGAGCUUGUACAUUUACCGCUGAUCAGUGACAAAGCUCUUGUUUUAUAAUUGUUAAACAGUAAUUAAACAUACAUUGAGAAUAUAUUUCGAAUUUUAAACUGCAAGUGGAUAAAUGAUAAAUAUUUUUUAGGACAAUGAAGCCAAGACCACGAAAACCUAAGGUAGACAUGAAGUCUGCAGAAGAAAGGGGAAUUUUGAAGAUCAGGUUUAUUGAUAGAUCCAUUGGUCAUGGUGUCAUUGCUGAUGACAUAAUAGAACAUAACCAACUUCUUUGCUAUUAUAAUGGAGAGUUGAUAUCGAAUAAGGAGGGGGAGAAGAGGAUGAAUGACAACAGUGAAAAAGGCAGUUUCCUGUUUUUUUUCAACCAUAAUAAAGAAAAACUUUGUAUUGAUGGUACUAAGUCAUCAGGAUGUGGUCGGAUGAUAAACGACGAUCACCGUGAACCAAAUUGUAAAGUCCAAUUACAAGUGGUGGACGGAGUUCCAAAAUUAGCCUUUACAGCCAUCAAAAAAAUUGAACCUGGAACAGAACUCAGGUUUAAUUAUGGAGACAAGUCUGUUCAUUGGAGGAAGAAAAAUCUAGAAAGGCUGGUGCUUUAUGAUGAACCAGAGUUUCUUCAUCAAACUGCGGCAGUUCAAGUAGUAUGGAGGAAUGGAGAGGGGCCAAAAUUCCCUUUGAAAAACCACUACUGUUUAAUUGGAAGUUCCAGAUCAUGUGACAUUAUUGUCUCGAAGGCCGAAGUACUGCCAGUACAAAUCCAGAUAGAAGUGGCAAGAGGAGAAGUGUUUCUAACAAACUAUGACAAUUCCAACCAAGAGAAACGUCUACAAUGUGGAGAUGAGUUUUCCAUACUUGACAGAUCAUUUAAGAUAGUGUCUUAUAACAUAAAUGACUUAAAAGCUGUGCCAUUUACUAAUGAAGUGAUUGUUGGUGGUGUUUCCUCAGAUGAAGAGGUUGAUAGUGAUUUUGUUCCUACCCAGAAGGAAAAUUUGCAGUUUGAGGAAAUAGAGGUUGAUAGUGAUUUUGUUCCUACGCAGAAGGAAAAUUUGCAAUUUGAGGAAAAAAUUGAAAUUUCAAAGGAAGCUGAUGAUGAGGCUGAAGCUGAAAAUAUUCAAGACAAUACUUCUUCUUCUGAUGAUAAUACUGAAAAUGAUGAUGAUGUUGGUGACCCUGACUACUGUGAAACUUCCUCUGACACGUCUGAAGAUGACAUUGAUACAGAAAAGAAAUCUGAUACAGAUUUUAGUGAUGUGGUGUCCCCUGUUUCAGAGAUGUCGGAGAUCAUUGCACCAUCUUGUGAAGAAAUUGAAAGGCCUUUGUUUCCCCAGCUUAUAGUAGUUGAUAAGGUGGAAAGAAGUUUUAAAGGCAGUCUCUCAAAUAAGAAACAUUGUUGUACAUACUGUGAGAAGUUGUAUCCAAACAUUGCAAGACAUUUAAGUCUAAAACACAAAAAUGAGAUAGGAGUAGGAAAAAUCCUUGCCUUACCAAAACAAAGUAAAGAAAGAAGAAAGAUGUGGGAUGAAUUGGUCAAAAAAGGAGACUUUGCUUAUAAUUUUGAUAUUUUGACUUCAGGGAAAGGUACUAUAAUUCCGAAGUAUAGAGCUAGAGAUGCUGAAACAACUGUAAAGAAUGUUCUACCAUGUCAAUAUUGUCGAGGUAUGUACAGGAGGAAAGAACUUUGGCGGCACCAGAAGGCAUGUAAAUCGAAAGAAUCAUCGACAGGUUAUGAAACAAGACCUAUAGCUGGUGGAAAAAAAAUGUUACCUGUAACAUGCAGUAAUCAAGAUUUUCAUGAAAACAUAAUUCUGAACAUAAAAGAAGAUGAAGUUAAAUUAGCAAUCCUUUCAGAUCCUACUAUAAUAGACUUUGGACUCAAUAUGUACAAUGAUCAAGGGCACCAAAAACAUAAACAUGUUUACAUAUCACAGAAAAUGAGGGAAUUAGGCAGAUUGCAGAUUACAGGAAAGAAAAAUAACUUAAUGUCAAUAGAAGACUGCAUGAAGAAAGAAAACUGGGACCUCCUUAUUUUGUCAGUUAAAGAAGUAUCUGAAUUCAAUCCUGAAACUAAAAACUUUGGUAUUCCAUCAUUAGCCUUAAAGCUAGGACACUCACUUAAAAUUUGUGCUGAAGAAAUAUACUUUAAGGCUUUAAAAGUAGGAGAUCCAGUCAAACAAGAAGUUGCUAAGACCUUCUUAGAGAUGUACAAGCUUCGCUGGAAUAAAGAGAUUUCUGGAAAGGCUUUGACAACCUUGGAUACAAUUAAAUACAAUCGUCCAAAGUUCCUGCCACUUGUGGAAGACGUUGCCAAGUUAAAUAACUAUAUUAAUGAAAAGUGUAAAUGUGCUUUGUCAGAGUCUCAAACUUCUGAUGUAUACCGUGAAUUCUGUCAAUUGUGUCUAGCUCAAAUUAUUGUAUUCAAUAGAAAGCGUAGUGGUGAAGCGGAACGAAUGACUGUAAGUCAGUUUAAGACAGCAAAAGUUGGUGGAAUAAUUGAUCCUGUUAUUAUGUCCACAUUAACAGAGUUUGAGCAGACACUAUGCAGAUCAUAUUUGAGAGUAGAAAUUGUUGGCAAAAAAGGAAGAAAAGUCCCAGUGUUGUUAACAAAUGGAAUGCAGAAGAACCUCAAUAUGUUAGUGACUCUCCGAUCACAACAAAACAUUCCCGAUGAUUUUAUGUUUGCAAGGCCAGGAAAUGCACGAUUCCCAUUUCGCGGUGUAGACUGCUUGAGAAGCAUUAUUAAUCAAGCUGGUUUGAAGUUUCCUGAAGUAAUUACAUCGACUUCCCUGCGAAAACAGCUAGCUACUAUGGCACAGGUUCUCAAUCUAAAUGACACAUCUCAAGAUUUAUUGGCAGCAUUUGAAGGUCACGAUAUACGUGUUCAUCGAGCAUUCUACCGUCUCCCAGAAGAAACUAUGCAAGUUGCAAAAGUUUCAAGACUUCUGCACUGCUUAAACAAUGGUACCAUUGGAAAAUACUCGGGCUGUAAUUUUGAUGACAUAGAGUUUGAAAUAGAUGCCGAUGUUGAGACUGAAGACAUUGAGACUGAAGACGUUGAGACUGAAGAUGUUGAGGCUGAAGAUGUUGAGGCUGCAGAUGUUGAGGCUGCAGAUGUUGAUGAUGAUCACACUGUUCAUGGAAAAAAGAGGAAGGAGAAUCCUUUGACAGAUGGUGUACACCAUGUACACCAUAAAAAGGCUAAGAUUUCAGACAAACAUGUCUGGACAUUCAGUGAAAAGAGGGCAAUUGAACAACAGUUCGCAAAAAACAUUAAACUAGAAAAGGUUCCAGGAAAACUUGAUGUUUUGAAUGUUCAGAGAAAAUGUAGUGUCUUAUGUGCACUUCCAUGGAAAAAAAUUAAGUUUGCUGUCUAUAACCAAAUCAAGUCGAAAAAAAAUAGAAUUAAUAAAAUGCAUAAUGAUAAUGCAUAAUGAUAUAUGAACUUUUUAAAGCUACUUCCCUACACAAAACGGGUCUAAAACAUGAAUAUAUUUGUUAACAGCUAUAAAUUAUGCAUAGAAGUAAAAUUUGCAGUUUUCACAAGAUAACUCACGGUGACAGUAACAGUUAUGUUUCACUUGAUGCAAAUACCUGUUAACAUGUCAUGAGCAGGACAGCUUGAUGCAGUUAGAACCAAGGUGAACAUCCCGUAGCCAUGACUUACACAAUAGCCCCGUUCCCCUUCUACAACCCAAAACCCUUAAAACAUCAUCCAAACACCAUAAGUAUUGACAAAUAUAAAUUUAAUGAAAAAAAAUAAUUUUAUGACUAAAAUAUUAUAGAGUCAUAAAAAUGUUUUUUUCAUAAAAUUUAUUUUUGUCAAUACAUAUGAUGUUUGGAUGAUGUGUAAGGGUUUUAGGUUGUAGAGGGGCAAUUAUGGUGUAAGUCGUGGCCACGCGACGUUUACCUGUGGUUAGAACUUACUUUAUAAUAAUCGUGACGUAUAUAUAGUUUUUUCAGCUCACUUGUCACAAAGUGACAGGAUGAGCUUUUGUGAUCGCUUUUCGUCUGGCGUCCGUCCAUCGUCUGUCGUCCGUCCGUUGUCCGUAAACUUUAACUUUAAAUGACAUCUCCUCAUAAACCACUAAGCCAAUUUCAUCCAAACUUCACAGGAAUGUUCCUUUGGUGGUCACCUUUGAAAAUUGUUCAAAGAAUUUAAUUCCAUAUAGAACUCUGGUUGCCAUGGCAACCAAAAGAAAAAACUUUAAAUAUCUUCUUCUAAAAAACCCAAAGAGCUAGAGCUUAGAUAUUUGGCAUGAAACAUCUUCUAGUAAGUUUCUACCAAGUUUGUUCAAAUAAAAGCCCUAGGGUCAAAAUUGGCCCUGCCCCAGGGGGUCAUUGAUUUUCCUUAUAUGCAUAUAGUAAAAACUUAAAAAAAUCUUCUUUUAAAGAACCCAAAGAGCUAGAGCUAAGAUAUUUAGCAUGAAACAUCUUCUAAUGGGUGUCUACCAAGUUUGUUCAAAUAAAAGCCAUGGGGUCAAAAUUGGCCCCGCCCCAGGGGGUCAUUGAUUUUCCCUAUAUGCAUAUGGUAAAAACUUAAAAAAUCUUCUUUUAAAGAAGCCAAAGAGCUAGAGCUAAGAUAUUUAGCAUGAAACAUGUUCUAAUGGAUUUCUACCAAGUUUGUUCAAAUGAGAGCCCUGGGGUCAAAAUUGGGCCCGCCCCGGGGGUCAUUGAUUUUCGUUAUAUGUGUAUAGCAAAAACUUAAAAAAUCUUUUUUGAGAAAAAACCAAAUAGCUAGAGUUUAGAUACUAAGCAUGAAACAUCUUCUAGUGAGUGUCUACCAAGUUUGUUCAAAUAAAGCCCUUGGGUCAAAAUUGGCCCCGCCCCGGGGGUCAUUCAUUUUCCUUAUAUGUGUAUAGUAAAAACUUAAAAAAUCUUCUUUGAGCUAGAGUUUAGAUAUUAAGCACGAAGCACCUUCUAGUGAGUGUCUACAAAGUUUGUUCAAAUAAAAGCCCUGGGGUCAAAAUUGGCCGGCCCGGGGGACAUUGAUUUUCCUUAUAUGUGUAUAGGAAAAACUUAAAAAUCUUCUUUGAAAAAACCCGAAUAGCUAGAGUUUAGAUAUUAAGCAUGAGACAAUUUAUAGUAAGUGUCUACAAAGAUUGUUCAAAUAAAAGCCCUUGGGUUAAAACUGGCCCUGCCCCAGGUGUGUCAUUGUUUUUAACUAUAUGUGUAAAGAAAAAAUUUUUCUUUUAAAAAAACCCAAGGAGCUAGACCUUAGAUGUUUAGCAUGAAACAUCUUCUAAUGGGUGUCUACCAAGUUUGUUUAAAUAAAAGCCCUGGGGUUUAAACUGGCCCUGUUCUGGGGGCCUAUAUACAGGUGAGCGACUUCAGGGCCAUCAUGGCCCUCUUGUUUUAUAAUACUGCACAUUUGUAAUAUUGCUUUUCAUUGGAUAAACGUGAUGUUUAUAUAGUGUUAUAUACAUGGCUGCUGUCGAUUUAGUAAGAAAUCUCGCUUUAUUAUGCCCCCACUUCAAAGAAGAGGGGGUAUAUUGCUUUGCAUUUGUUGGUCCGUCGGUCCGUAGACCAAAUGGUUUACGAGUGAUAACUAAAGAACACUUAGGCCUAGGAACUUCAAACUUGGUAUGGUGAUUGGUCAUGACCAGUAGAUGACCCCUAUUGAUUUUGGGGUCAGGAGGUCAAAGGUCAAGGUCACAUUGACCGUGUAGGUAAAAACGGUUUCCGAUCAAUAACUAAAGAACGCUUAGGCCUAGGAACUUCAAACUUGGUAUAGCGAUUGGUCAUGACCAGCAGAUGACUCCUAUUGAUUUUGGGGUCAGAGGUCAAGGUCACAUUGACCUUGUAGGUGAAAACGGUUUCCAAUUAAUAACUUAAGAACGCUUAGGCCUAGAAACUUCAAACUUGGUAUGAUGAUUGGUCAUGACCAGCAGAUGACCCCUUUUGAUUUUGGGUCAAAGGUCAAGGUCACAUUGACCUUGAAGGUAAAAACGGUUUCUGGUCAAUAACUAAAGAACGCUUAGGCCUAGGAACUUCAAACUUGGUAUUAUGAUUGGUCGUGACCAGUAGGGUUAAGGGGUCAAUGUCAUAUUGACCUUGUACUUAAUGACGGUUUCUGACCAAUAAAUCAACAACUCAAGUUGCCUUGUUUGAUAUUUUUAUAUUAAACUAAAAUUGCUUUUGGUAUACACAUUUGAAGGUCUUUUGUAAUAUAACAACUUGGCUGUCAUUAAUGAGGCCUACAUGAUUCAUAAAAUUUAUGCAUAUAUUAUUUGGUAAGAUUUGUAAUAACUUAAAUUGCUGCACACAAAUGGGGUCUCAAUAAUUAUUACCUUGUGACUAGUCAUAACCCUUAUUAAUUGUUUGUUCACUGGGUCAGAAGUCAUGCAUUAUAACCUGAUCACAUGACUAACUGGCUGCCGAUAGGAGGCAUACAUGUUUUACAAACAUAUCUUGUUCCUCUGAAAAUGAUGCUUGCUGUAUUAUAAAUUUGUUAAUUUUCUAAGAAAUCUAAUUUUUUCUCAAAAAAGAGGAAGUUUGCUGUUUUAUAAAUUUGUUAUUAAAAUUUCUGACAGGUGAUAUGAACGUAUAUAACUGUUGUUUGCAACAAAACUCUGACCAAGAGGCUUUGGUUAUAUAUCCAAUCAGCUGUUUAUAUAGGGCCCUAUAACCUGUCAAAAAUCUUUAUAACUAUUAAUAUAAAUGUCAGUUUUAAACCAGAUUACUGAGGCAUGUUCUUCUUUUCUUGUCUCUUUUUAUAGAUAUGAGCCAUGUCACGACAAAACCAACAUAAUGGGUUUGCGACCAGCAUGGAUCCAGACCAGCCUGCGCAUCGGCGCAGUCUGAUCAGGAUCUAUGCUGUUCCCUAUCAGUUUCUCUACUUGUUAUAGGGUUUGUACGCGAACAUCAUGGAUCCUGAUCAGACUGCGCGGAUGCACAGGCUGGUCUGGAUCCAUGCUGGUCGCAAACCCAUUAUGUUGGUUUUGUCAUGACGCGGCUCAUAUAAUUUUCUAUGAUAUAUUGUGCAACCAUUGAUUGCAGGAUAAAAAAACUCACCAAGCGCACAGCUGUUCUACAUGCAAUCUACAUGCAAACAGUGAACAGGUGUGUCUAUAAUUUAAUUUAAAAUUCAACCAAUUAAAACAUUGCAAUGAUAUUAAAUUACAGCAUGUGAAAAUUGCAAAAAUUUAACUUAGAUGUUUUUUCUGUUGAUCAAAACAUGUAUUUAUCAUCUAGUUUCAUAUAAAUGUAAAAGGCUGUGUUGAAAUUUCAUCUUUUGAUGACAUUUUAUUUCAAAAACACCCAAACUACAAUGUGUGGGAUAGUAGCUUUAAACUUCAUUAUAAACAUUAAAGUUUUAUUGUACCCCCACUAUAGGGGUGGGGCAUUUAGAUUGACACUUGUCUGUCCAUUCUCAGCUCAAAGUAUUUGACCAAGAGUCAUAAAACUCUACAGGAAUGUUAGUCAGCAUGUGUAGUUGUGAACAAAGUCCUGGGGUUUUGCCUGUGGAUUUUUCUCAGUUAUUGCCUUUGACAUAGUAUAAAUUUGCAUUUUUCCACUUGUUCAUGCAAAGCUCAAAAGUAUUUGAUCUGUAAUACUGAUAAUUUACAAGAAUGGUAGUCAGCAUGUGUAACUGUGUGCCUUAAUUUAGGUUUGCUUGUGGAUUUAUUCAGUAUUUGUAGAGUUUUUGCCCUUGACUUAGUAAAAAGAUUUUCAAUUUGUGUUGCAUGUACACCCGAAAAAUAUUUGACCUAGAGUCAGUAGAUUGGCAAAACAGUGGAGUAUGGGGCCACCCGUGUCCUUUGGACACAUUUCUAGUUCAUCUAAAGAAUCAUAAUUACUGUACGCAGUGUGACAUAUUAUUUAAAGAGGUGUGGCUACAGUAAAGGCUGCUCACAAUUUAUUGGAUUCUGCACAAUGCUUUGACUUGAAUUGUCAACUAGCUUUCCUGUUUUGCUGUGAAAAACUUCGCUGUCAUUCCCUUUGUUGGUAACAUGAUAAUAUCUUGAAUUCUUGGUAAAAUGGAAGUGUAAAGAUGUGAAUUGAAUUUAAAUUGGUGGUGUUAAUUUAGGUAUGAAAAUAAUUUGAGAUUGUUAAAACACAAAUUAAAUGUUUUCUAUACACAAGUGAACACCAGUAAGUAUUCAAUCCUUUAAAAAAAUUUGUUACAUACAAGAUGUGUCUUAAAGUUCAACACUUAGCAUAUUUUGAUGACUUAGUAAGAAAUCAACAUUGCAUUUACUCUAGUAAAAAGUUUCAUUUAUGUAAAGACAUAAUUUAGAGCCGUAUUUAAAAUUAUACUCCAUGGGAUGUAGCAAUUAUCCAGUGUAGGUCCUGACCACAUGGUACGAAUGCUCCCUAUGUGCAAAGUUAUAACUAAAAAGCAUGUUUUGUGACAAGCGUGUGUCGAGAGCAUUCGGCACUAAUGUGGCAAUUUCUAGUUUUGGAUUGAAAUAAGUUUUGUAAUUGUUUCCUUUGCUAUACAUAAUUAUUAUCUUGUACAGCUUUAUUGCCCAAGAACAUCUAAAUGAUGAGACUGCAUUAUCAAAUUUGUUAAGCUAUGGAUAUUUUUGGGUGUUUUUAUAAUAAUAUAUUAAGUUUGUAAAUAAUUUUUGGUUUUCAUACAUGAACACAUUAAACCUUUACUGCAUAGGUACUCCAUUAUUGCAUGGCUGGACAGUGUAGAUCUAGAUAAGCAGGCACAGCUGUUCUCUUUAAGAUUCAUUAGCUUAUGUCAGACUGCAGAUCCAGAUCAAACCUGAAUCUGCCAGCUGAUUAGAUCUACCCUGGUCGGACAAUAGUUAUAAUGCUUAUAUAUGGAGUUAAGAAGAUGAGUGUUAAUAAUAAUUUAUCACAUACCUGUGUUGAUUUUAAGACUGUGUCAAAAUGGUAUUGCACGGCCGCGCAUAUAUUUUGUUGUGCAGUCAUUUAAGUUAUAUAAACAUGGUGUUAAAACGCCCUAAAUGUUAGCAGUUAUAAUACUAUAGGUGCGUCAUUGAUAAAUGUUACUUUAUCACUUCAAACGGUCUUUAUUAUGAGUAUGUGAUAAAUAGAAUAUUAAAUUUGUGAAAGUUCAUUGCUAAAUUUAUUGAACUUGUAAAUUUUAAAUGUGUAAACUCCUGAUUGUGGUUAUUUUACCCCCAGAAACAAAGUGGGUGGGGGGUAUAUAGGAGUCAGCUUGUCGGUCGGUCUUUCCACUUUAUGGUUUACGGACCAUUACUAGAGUUUGGAAUGAGUUAAUGUAAUCAAACUUGAUAUAUAGCAACCGUAUGUGAAAAUUUCAUUUAUUAUUGCUUGUGGUCUUCCUCGGGUCAAGGUCCUUAUUACUAAAAAUAGAAAAAUGUUUUCCGGACAAUAACUAGAGUUAGGAAUGGCUCUGAUAUUGUAAUCAAACUUGGUAUAUAACAAGCUUAUGUGAAAAUCCUGGUUGGUAUUCUUUUUUGACUUCCUUUGGUCAAGCACACUGACUGUUACUCAACAUAUUAUAAUCAAACUUGGUAUAUAGCAAGUUUAUUUGGAUUGCUUUUGCGCCCCCUUUGGUCAAGGUCAAUGUUAAUAAAGAUAGAAAACUUGUUUUCUGACAAAAACUGGUAACUGUUAAAAUUGUUUUCAGACAAUAAAAAGAGUUGGAAAUGAGAUAUUGUAAUGAAAUUUCGUAUAUAGCAAACUUAUAUGAAUUCAUUGGUAUUUGGAUUGCUUUUGGACCCCUUGGGUUAAGCUCACUGUAACUAGAAAUAGAAAUUUGUUUCUUGAAGAUAAGCAAUUAGUAAUAAUUAUUGGUAUACAGAUGAAAAGUUCAAAUUUUGCUUCAGACCACUUAUUUUUUAAAAAGUUAAAGUUGCUGGUGGGGGUAUGAAUCACCUUAUGUGAAAGCUCUUGUUUUAAUUUUUAGUGAUUUCCUUAGAUUAUGUAAAGACAAAUUUAUGACAGAAAUUGGGGUCUGCAUGCUUUAUUAUGAGUCCUUUAAUUUUUGUUUUGUGCAUUUCAAGGGCACGGAAACUGGCAGAUGUGCCCUGAAAGAGAGUGCUACCAGAUUUUCAUAGGAAUUGUUAUGGUUGUAGCGGGAUCAAUCACAUAGUACAUUUGUUAUACUUUAUUUCAUUUUGUUAAACUUUAUUUUAUUUUGUAAAUAAAUGCACAUUAAAUUUGAUUGAAUGAGAUAAUUAAAA